UGUUUCUACUUAUAAAACUGAAAAAUAAACAUCUGUGAAAUUAUUUUUUGUUACAUUUAUUUAUAGAACUUUUGUGAUAAAAGUAUUUCAAUUAAAAAUAGCAACAAUCAAACAUUUUAGUCAGUAAAUCAUUAUAAAAAAGUAAUUACAAGAAGCAAAACAAAUACAAAACGUAAUCUCGAAAUAAAAGCAAAAAUGUCACGUCGCCGAACAAAUGCUGGUUCUUAUGAACUAUUAAGUAGUGAACCUGACGAGGAGGAGCAACAUGAUCAACCCGAUGGCUUUGUAGAUGAACAAUGGGUGGAACCACAAAGAAAAUUCCCCUGGAAAACAAUAUUAUUUAUAUUGUUUUUCUUUGUGGCCGGAGCGACCUGUUUGACUUUUAGUAUUUUAGUAUCGUCUGGUGUAUUUAAUGAAAAGUAUGCUGAUCGUGCUUGGCCCCUAUUAAUAUUGGGUAUCUUGAUGUUUAUACCCGGCGGGUAUUAUGGCUAUAUUUUGUUGUGUAUAUUUCUUAAACGUGAUGGUUUUACGGUGGAAGACAUACCCAUGUUGUAAUUGAGAGGAGGAUAAAGAAAAAACGAAAAACAAACUCUGCCAUUAUUUUAUUGGUCUUUUGUAAUUUAGUGUUUAAGAGGAAAUUUAUUUAUAACAAUUUAUAUUAGUGUUAUAAAACUAUUAUUUAUAGCAAAAUUGAUAAUAAAUAAUGUAAUUAAAGGAUUUGACUUAUAAAAAAAACAUGCAAAUAUGUA